AUGGAUGAUCCAGAAACCGACUUCAACCUGAAAGUCGUAAUGGCUAAUUUCAAGCAGUGCCUCAAUGAGAAAGAAGAAAUCCUUAUGGACCACUACCUCAGUGGCUGGCAGGGGCUGGUAAAGUUUCUGAACAGCCUGGGUGCCAUCUUCAUGUUCAUCUCCAAGGAUGUGGUGGCGAAGCUGCAGAUUAUGGAGCGGCUGCGCAGCAGCCCACAGGGUGAACAGUACGCCAGCCUGCAGUCCAUGGUGGCCUACGAAGAGGAACAUCAGCUGGUGGACCUGCAUCGGCGUGGACACCAUCCUGAGUCGGGCUGUCGCACCGUGCUGCGGCUACACCGUGCCCUGCGCUGGCUACAGCUCUUCUUGGAGGGGCUGCGUGCCAGCCCCGAAAAUGCCCGCACCUCCACGCUCUGCACCGAUUCCUACAAUGCCUCGCUGGCUGCCUACCACCCUUGGGUUGUGCGUCAGGCCGUCACCAUGGCCUUUUGUGCUCUGCCCACGCGCAAAGUCUUCCUGGAGGCCAUGAAGGUGGGGCCUCCCGAGCAGGCUGUGGUGAUGCUGGAGGAGGCGCUGCCCUUCCUUGAGCGUGUCUAUGACAUCACCCAGAAGCUCUAUGCAGAUCACACGAUGCUGGACCUCCCCUAG